AUGGCCUCAGUUGACUAGACUUAAUUCACCUUUAUAAAGCAUCGCCACUUUACAAAAAAGAGAAAACUUGAGCAAAAGCCAAGAAAUUACACUUAUAUUAGCUCUGAGGCAAAGUUAUUGUUCCUCCAGCUCUUUUUAUUUGAAAGCUAUAAAAUCCAAGAUGUAAAGUUUUUGGUUUAAACUCUUUAUUAGGCAGCCCAAAAGGCUGGGAUAAAGUAUUCAUCUGCAAAGACAAUUCUUUUUGCUCAUAGAAAGACUUUUAAGGACGAGUUGAUAAGAAAUAAAUUGGCAGCAAAUUCCAUAAAGGCAAAAUGUUGCGGGUAUAAAGUUAAGUAAAUAGGAGAGUAGGAUAACAUUCAAAUAAUUAGCAGAGUUGGAAUGUGA